AUGGAAAAUCAUCAUGAAAUUAUUUAUUGUGGAUAUCUGUAUCCAGUUGAAGCCUUUUCGAACAUGAUGAUGGAAGAAAAAGAGAGUAAAACACCUUCAAAGAUAAUUUAUUCUUCCUCUGAUUCAUCAUCUCCUAUUGUAUAUAAUAAUCAACAACAACAACAGCAACAGAUAUUGCAACAACAGAAGGAUAGCAAUACAAUAUCGGAUGUAAAUUACGAAUCAAGUCAGCAACAUGGAAAAUUACAAAUAGGACAACCAAGAUGGUUUGAAAUACAUACAGAUUAUCACUUGUAUCAAUACAAGACACGACCACAGAAUAAUCAACAGAAUAUUAAUCACGAGAUGAAGACCAAUCUUCUUCAAUAUCAUCAUAUUUUACCACUCAAUUAUACUUCCUAUUCACAAAAAUCUUUUUAUGACAGUAUUAUAGAGGUAUAUGCACAGCAAACAUCAACGAGCUAUCAAUCCCCUCUAUUGUUGAAUUCAGGACGGAGUAUUGAAGGUAGCUCCAGUAAUACCGAUCACGUUCCAAUGUAUAGAGAGGAGCAAGAAGAUUUUAUUGCUCCUAUUAGUGGUGACAAUCUGUGUAUUGAUUUAAAUCCAUCAUCUUCAUCAGCAAGUACUUGCUCAGCAAUGACAACUCCUAGAAAGAAUUCUGAUGCUCUCUCUAGAAGGCAAUCCAAUGACGAUGAAGAUUCACCAGCUUUACACCCAGUUAUUGGAAAUUCUAAUAGGAAAUUUACAUUCUGCUGUAAAAGUGACGAUCAACAGGAGGUUCUACUCCUAUCAACAGAUAGUGAACAAAAAAGAAGUGAGUGGAUUUGUGUUCUAAAGCAUUUACUGUUUGUUGGCAUGGACAAGUCACCCUCAAGAUUUAUUUCCUUGGGUGGUAAUUGCUUAGUGCCCAUCAGUUCAAAUGUUGCAAAAUCAACAGAAGAUGAAGAAAGCACUUUGGAUUUGGAAUGUUACAAAAAAGAGCUGACAUCUUUUGUUGAAGGCCUAACAAGGAAAAUACAAAAGAAUGAGCAAAAUAAGAGAGAACGUGAAGAAAGAAGCUUUAUUCUACAGCAACAGUCUUUGAUAUUAAGAGAAUCCAUCAAAGGAUUAUCAUCAUUUUCAAGCCAAUCUCCACCAAGAGUUGAAAGUGCUAGCAACAAUUUGAAUUCAUCCACCAAUAUGAAGAAUUUGAGUAUUGACAGAAUCUUUCACAUUGAAUCGUUAAAUGAAGAAAUUAACCGAACGAGACUGGAAUUACUUACAGAAAAAAUAAGAGUCUUGUCAGAAAUUGAUUGGACAACCAAGCCAACCUGUACCUACAAUUUACCAUUUUCCCAAAAAUCUAACACCAAACCACAAUUCCAAUAUUUAUUAACCAUCGAGGAGAAGAUUAGAGAACACUCACCUCUUUACUUUAAAAAAUCUAUUCAACUCUCAAGACUUUUAUUGGCCUACGAAUGGAGACACUUGAUACUUUCACUGAAUGAUAUCAGCAAGGAGCUUUCACGUUGGAAUACAGAGAAUUUGAAACAACUUGAUCAUUUGUACACUCAAUCCUUUGAGCUUAACACUACCAAGAAAACUCUGAGCAGUACCUAUCAAGAGAUUGCUGGACGAUACAAUCUCUAUACACAAGCCUAUGGAGUGACCAAUGAAGGGUCACAAAUUCGUUUGGAUACCAACACUUCAUCUGCUUUGAAUGGUCUUAGACAAACCAUUCAAGAAGUGCAUGCCAAUCUUUCGGAUGCCACAACAAAGCUCAAACAAACCAGUAAUCAGAUCAGCUUGAUUAUGUAUCAACUUGGAUUAAUAGAGAAUUUACUUAUCAAGGUUGUCAAUACUCAACGAUUUGCCACCAAUUGUUUGAGAUAUGGUAAUCUUGUGAGUAACAAUAUACCUCAAAGACUAUUCGUGUUGGAUGAUAACUUUGAGAUUGAACGAGAAAUGAGAUCACUCAUAGAUAUGCCAAGCAAGAAUGAUUUGAUUGACAUUUGUUUCUUUAAACUCACAAGCAGACAUAUUAUUGAAAAGUUUAAGAGUAGAAUUGAACGCGGCGAUUCCUACCUCCUCCAACUCAAACAUAUUAAGGAAGAUAUUCAAUCAGAGAUUAAAUCUCAACAAUUAGCCUCAUCGGAGGAGAGAAAGAAACAUGCCAGCCAAAUGGUCAAACAAAUGCAACAACGUCUUCGUAACACCAUCACAUCAGGUCAACAUUCUAACUUUUUCUGCACUCAAAUCCAUCAAUUUGUACAAAAAUUCCUCAACUCACCUGUUAAUACUACAGUUGGUAACCAAAAGUUACAAGAUUUCCUCAAGGCUCUCACUGAAAAGGUUAGCUCCAUGAUUAAGAUUAAUCUUUCAUGGUAUCAAGUUUAUGAAGUUUUAGAAUCCAUGACAUUUGAAUAUACUUCACAAACAAGAGGAAUGAUCAUGUAUGACUGCUCCUUGUGUCAAGUCAGAAAUGAAAUGAAAAUGAUGGACGAGGCCUUUUAUGUUAAAUGUUUAGAUGUUUCCAACAAACUUGUUGGCCAACUAUUACUUGAAAGUAAAAAGAUAGACGAGAAGGAUUUACACGAUAACGAGUAUAGACAAUUUAUAAUUGAUGAAGAAAUGGUAAAAUUCAAGGAAGAAUACAAGACAGCCAUAGAUUUAAUUCGAACAAUUUCUGAAGAUUCUCAUGAUAAGGUUUCAGAUACCAAACCAUACAGCCCAUCUGCCAAACUUAAUAUCAUUACAUUGGCUGCCAAAGAAGUGAUGAAUAAGAUUUACUUCUCCAAAACAAAACAACCAUUGAAAUCUGAGGGAGAUCAAUUUGUUUCUGCAGAUGACUUUAUUCCAGUAUUCAUUUGUGUCAUUUGUGUUGCAGCCACUAAGGAUAUGUUUACACAAAUUGGUUUUAUCAAGGAGUUUGCCUAUCAAGAUUAUUUGGUCGGAGAACAAGGUUUUUUCCUCAGUAGUUUGGAAUCAGGCAGUUUUUACAUUGUAAAUUACGAAGAUGAAUCACAUAAACUCAAUUAAUUUAUUAUCUACUUU